AUCCGGCUGCGGUGCCAGAAGGGGAUCCCACCCUCGCUGCGGGGCCGAGCCUGGCAGUACCUCUCCGGGAGCAAGGUCAAGCUUGAGCAGAACAUCGGCAAGUUUGACGAACUGGAUCUCCUCCCGGGGGACCCGAAAUGGCUGGAUGUGAUCGAGCGGGAUCUCCAUCGGCAGUUCCCCUUCCACGAGAUGUUCGUCUCACGUGGAGGCCACGGGCAGCAGGACCUGUUUCGGGUGCUGAAGGCAUACACGCUGUACCGCCCGGAGGAGGGCUACUGCNNGGCGCUGCCCCCCGUCGCCGCCGUCCUGCUCAUCCACAUGCCGGCCGAGCAAGCGUUCUGGUGCCUGGUGCAGAUCUGCGAGAAGUACCUCCCCGGCUACUACAGCGAGAAGCUGGAGGCCAUUCAGCUGGAUGGGCAGAUUCUCUUCUCGCUGCUGCACAAGGUCUCACCUGUGGCCUACAAGCACCUGAGCAAGCAGAAGAUCGACCCCAUCCUCUACAUGACGGAGUGGUUCAUGUGCGCCUUCUCCCGCACGCUGCCCUGGAGCUCUGUCCUGCGCGUCUGGGACAUGUUCUUCUGUGAAGGUAGAAGCUCGGACUUCCGGGUGGUCCUCGUGCUGCUCAAACACACCCUGGGCUCCUCGGACAAGCUCAAGUCCUGCCAGGGCCAGUAUGAGACCAUGGAGAGGCUGAGGGCCCUCAGCCCCAAGAUCAUGCAGGAGACCUUCCUGGUGCAGGAG